AAAGGGUUUGGCGAGAAGGACGAGUGCUUUGGAAGGUAUCGUCGAACCAAGCUUCGUUACCUCAAAUCUUCGCAUCCGGAGUCUGGCCAGUGUAUCGAUAUUCAAACUCACAGAAGUUCAGCAAAAAUCGGCGUUUCAAAUGGGCAGUAAGAAGAGAAGUAGCGGCGAUUCAUCGGAGGAUGUGGAGAUGAACCAUCCGGAUUCGUUUAUGAAGAAGAAGAAAUCAAAGAGUGAUAACAUGAAUGCUGAUGAUACUGGUGCGGCCGCGGCGGCGGCUCCUCCCGGCGCUGCGAGUUCCGGUAAGGACAUGGAGAAGAAGAAGAAGAGGAAAGCUUCAGACAAAGAGAGAAAACGCGCAGCUCUCGAGAACGGUGGUGAAGCCUCGCGGCCCAACCCCGUGGUUACCGAUUCCAACUCCAACGACCCUGAAGCGUCCCUUGCCGCCGCUUCUUCCUCUUCUUCCAUAACUGGAAAGUUGCCGGAGUUACCACUUAACUAUUUUAGGGAUUUGGCUUCUUCUGAUGCUUCUGUUAGAGAAGAAGCUGCUGCGUCGUUGGUGUCGAGGUUGCAAGAGAUUCAGAAGCAAUACGAGAUGUUACCGGAUAAGGAAUCUGUUGAUGGCGGAUUGAUGCUUGAAGCUGAGAAAAACGACGGUUUGGAUAAUUGUGCGCCACAUGUGAGAUACGCUCUACGCAGGCUAAUUCGUGGAGUCUCUUCUUCAAGAGAGUGUGCAAGACAAGGAUUUGCCUUGGGGUUAACAUUACCUGUUAGCAUAAUUUCUAGCAUUAAUGUGGAAUCGCUGCUGAAACUCAUAUCUGAUUCUCUGUCGGUUUCUUCAUCCAUGAAGGGGCAAGAUGUAAAGGAAUGCCUAUUGGGUCGGUUGUUUGCUUAUGGUGCGCUAGCGCGAUCUGGAAGACUAAUUGAAGAUUGGCAGUCUGAUAAAGACUCUCAGAUCAUCAAAGAAUUUACCGACGCUCUUAUUGGUCUUGCUGCGAAAAAGCGUUACUUGCAGGAACCAGCUGUUCAUGUUCUUCUAGACUUUGUUGAGAAGCUGCCUGCUGAAGCUGUCGUGACUCAUGUUAUGGAAGCUCCAGAGCUUCAUAAAUGGUUUGAACAAGCCACCCUCGUUGGAAACCCAGAUGCUUUGCUCCUAGCGCUUAAACUCCAUGAGAAGAUUUCAGAUGAUCAUCCUCUAUUUAGCAAGCUACUACCAGUUCCUUUUAGUUCCGGGAAGUUUUUUUCUGCUGAUCAUCUCUCGGCCAUUGGUAAUUGCUUGAAGGAAUCUUCUUUCUGCCAGCCUCGUGUUCAUAGCCUAUGGUAUGUUAUUCGCGAUAUGCUGUUACCGGAAGCAGUUGUUCAAAGCGAAGAUGCCACAUCGGUUUCGAGUUCCUCGAAAAAGCAAAAGCGAAACCGCAAGUCCAACCCCGUUGAAGAAGAAGCCACAAAUAACAUCCGGAAUUUCUGCGAAAUUUUUAUGGAAGGAACCCUACUUUCUUCAUCUCAUGAUCGCAAACAUUUGGCAUUCGAUAUACUGCUUCUUCUUCUUCCAAAGCUUCCUGCAAGCUUCGUCCAACAUGUUUUAUCCUUCAAAUUUGUUCAGUGCCUCAUGGACAUACUCUCCACAGAGGACUCUUGGUUGCAUAAAGUUGCAAACCAUUUUCUUGUGGAGUUAAUGGAUUGGGUUAAAGACGACGAUACCAAGAGGGUGGCUGUUACAAUGGCUCUUCAGAAACACAGUGAAGGAAGAUUCGACAAUAUUACACGUACGAAAACUGUUAAAGAUCUAGCUGCAGAUUUUGAAACUGAAGAUGGUUGCACGCUUUUUCUCCAGAACUUGAUGAACUUGUUUGUGGAUGAACAGCAUGUUCCUGAGGAACCUUCAAGUAUGAAAUGGGCUUUAGAACCUUGCUCUCUGAACUCAGAUCAGAGUCAAACAACAGAUGAUAAUUCUGAGAUUGGUUCAAACGAGGAGAAGGAUUCGGUUGGGACAACUAGAAACUCAGAUGUUCUGAAAAGCUGGGUCAUUGAGUCUCUCCCUGGUAUUUUAAAACAUGCUAAAUUGGCUCCUGAGGCGAAACUGCGAGUGCAAAAGCAGAUUUUGAAAUUUCUCGCUGUUCAAGGUCUGUUUCUGGCUUCUCUUGGCACUGAAGUUACAUCAUUUGAGUUGCAGGAGAAAUUUAAGUGGCCGAAGACAGCUACUCCCACUGCUCUUUGCAAAAUGUGCAUCGAACAGCUUCAGCUCUUGCUGUCGAAUUCUCAAAAAAUUGAGAAUCCACUAUCUAAGGAAAAUGGCUUGGAGCAGCCUGAUGAUCCUGUUUCGUACUUCAUGAGAUUCCUAAGCACGCUGCAGAACAUUCCCUCUGUUUCUCUCUUCCGUUCCUUGAAUGAAGCAGAUGAAAAGGCUGUCAAAGAAUUACAAGAAACAGAAAGUAAACUCUCAAAGGAGGAAAGGAAUUGUGGAUUAUCUGCUGAUGCAAAUAAAUAUCAUGCACUGAGGCACUUAGUCGUUCAGCUGUUGCUUCAAAUACUCCUCCAUCCGGGAGAGUUCUCGGAAGCUGCAAGUGAACUUUCAGUAUGCUGCGACAAAGCUUUCAGUUCCUCUCUUGAUCUUCUGAAAAGUGACGGCGAAGGUGAGGCAGACAAUGAACAAGAACCAGCAGUCAUGGAUGUCCUCGUGGACACAUUACUAUCUCUCUCGCCACAUUCUUCAGCUCCAAUGCGAUCUUCCAUUGAGCAGGUUUUCAAGUACUUCUGUAAAGAUGUCACCACUGAUGGGCUGCUGAGAAUGUUACGGGUGAUUAAGAAAGAUCUAAAACCUGCCAGACAUCAGGAGGACCAAGACUCUGAGGAUCUUGAUGAUGAUGACGAAGAUUGUCUAGCUAUUGAAGAGGAAGAAGAUGAAGAAAACGAGGAAAUGGGUGAAACCGGUGAGAGCGAUGAGCACACUGAUGAUUCUGAAACAGUUACGGGCGUUGUCCCUAUGGCUGUUGACAGGGAAGUCCCUGAAAACUCCGAUGAAGAUGAUGAUGGGAUGGAUGAUGAUGCAAUGUUCCGCAUGGACACUUACCUGGCGCAGAUAUUCAAGGAGAAGAGAAAUCAAGCUGGUGGUGAAACUGCUCAGUCUCAGCUUGUUUUGUUCAAACUCCGUGUCCUUUCCCUUCUUGAGAUCUACCUCAAUGAAAACCCAGGUAAUCCUCAGGUUAUGACAGUGUACUUAAACUUAGCUCAGGCACUUGUGAACCCAAGCACUGCAGAAAGUAGUCAGCAGCUUUUACAGCGGAUAUGGGGUAUCAUCCAGAAGAAGAUUUUCAAGGCUAGAGAAUUAUUCAAGGAUGAAAGUAUCGAAUCGCCUGCACUUGCUUCUUUGUUGGAGAAGAAUCUUAAACUGGCGGCAAAACCAUUCAAGAGUAAGAAGUCAGGGGUUAAUCCUGCCAAGAAGAAGCAGUCAGCUGCGUGGAACCGACACAAAAUGAUCUCUAACUUUGCCCAGAACUCAACUUACUGGGUUCUGAAGAUAAUCGACUCGAGAAAAUUCUCAGACACUGAACUGGAGAAGAUCUUGGAUGUGUUUCGGAAUGUCCUUGUCCGGUACUUUGAUACCAAGAAGUCUCAAAUGAAGGUAGAGUUUCUUGAGGAAGUGUUUCGAAGGAGACCAUGGAUUGGACACCAAUUGUUUGGAUUUCUUCUGGACAAAAGUGGGAGUGCGAAGGUUGAAUUCCGUAGAGUUGAAGCUCUUGAUUUGAUCACUGAAACUCUAAGAUCAUUGGUUCCUAUAAGCGAGGAAACCCAAGAAGAUUCGAAGAAAACAAUGAAGACUCAUCUGAAGAAACUGAGUCAUUUAAUUAAAGAGCUUGUUGCAAAGAUGCCCGAGGAGAAGAAGCAAGCGAAGCGAGCUAAGGUGCGUAAAUCUUGUGGCAAGAUCUUUCGAAUGGUCUCUUCUUUGAAACUCACCAAGUCUCUCCUCAAGGCUUUGGGACCAGAGGGUCAAACAGCUUGUGAAACUGCACUUGGUGAUCUGUUCUUGAAUCUCAAGAACACUGAGCAUUAACACAAAGCCAAAACAAGAAUCACCGGAGGCUGAUCAUCUGGUGAAAACCAUCUUCCUUUUCUUGUUCUUGUUUUUCAUAUUUUUUUUUUUUUUAUGAAGGAAACUUGUAGAAUCUGAAUUAAAGUUUGAACUGAUUUUCCCAAUUCAUUGAUUUUUAGUCUGA